AUGGCGACGGGACUCAUGACGAAAGACGAGACACAAUUCGAACGCCGUCCCGUUAAGCUGACGGGCUCUGCACUUGCGAUAAUGGCCUUCCAGACGCUCGGUGUGAUCUACUCAGACAUUGGGACAUCGCCAUUGUACGUGCUCAACGGCAUCUGGCCAAGCUCUGGGCCCGUUCCGUCCACCGAAGACGUUAUUGGGGGGGUAUCUGCUAUCGUUUGGUCGAUGACAUUGUUGCCGCUCAUCAAAUAUUCCUUUAUCGCUCUUCAUUUUGGCACCGGUGAAGGCGAAGGAGGUACUUUCGCGCUGCUCCAAGGCCUUUAUCCCCGUUCCCCUUUCGUCGAGUUUGACCGUACCCUCACGAGCGAUUCUGCCGUCAGAGCGCGAAGUGACGUGGAAAAUCGAAGGGGACUCGAGUUCUUGAAGCAGGGAAAAUGGCCUCUCUACUUCUGGAGCUUGUUUGGCACUGCUUUGACGCUUGGUGACGGCGUGCUCACUCCCGCUGUUUCGGUCACCUCUGCUGUUGGCGGUCUCGCCGUCGCGAAGCCAAGCGUGAUAAAUCACAUUAUCUCAAUUUCCAUUGCCAUACUCGUCGUUCUCUUUCUUGUUCAACGCUUCGGUACCAACAAGAUUACCCUCGCUUUCGCUCCUGUCACGUUCAUCUGGUUGGCCCUGAUUGGAGUAUCUGGGAUUUACAACAUAACUGCCCACCCAGGUAUAUUUAGGGCUUUGGAUCCCUCCAGAGCCGUGAUGUGGUUCGUGAGGACGAAAAAAUACGACAACCUUGCUGGGGUGCUCUUGGCUAUUACUGGGUGCGAGGCGUUGUUCGCUAACCUCGGUCAAUUUAACGCCCUCUCCAUUCGCUUGUCAUUUACUCUCUUUGUUUUCCCUUGCCUCAUCCUUGCGUAUCUCGGGCAGGGAGCAAGAGUUAUUGCUGAUGGAGAAGCCGUCAUGUCCAACAUCUUCUACACUACAAUUCCCGGGAGACAUAAUGGACCUCUCUACUGGAUCAUUUGGUUAUUCGCUCUCUUGGCCACUAUAAUAGCCAGCCAAGCGAUGAUCACAGCCGUGUCCAGCUUGACUCAACAACUGAUCAAUUGCAAGAGUUUCCCACCCCUCCGCCUGGUUUACACUAGUUCCUUGGUGCAAGGACAAGUUUAUGUUCCUGCAGCAAACUACACUCUAGGACUCGCCACUGUCAUUGUUGUCGCUGCAUUUAAAAACCUUACAAACAUGACAAAUGCUUACGGUUUUGCGGUGUCGACUGUGAUGAUCGUUACAAGCACCUUCAUUUCCUUCCACAUUUAUAUCAAGAAGGGACUACCCAUUUUUGUCGCCAUUGGGUUUUUCCUAGUCUUUGGAUUCUUUGACGGUUUGUUCUUUGGCGCCUCGUUAAGGAAAGUUCCGUUGGGUGCAUGGGUGCCCCUAUCGAUUGGAUGCGCAUUAUGCGCUCUGAUGCUAUUCUGGACUUGGGCAAAAGGCCUCGAAGACGUUUUCGAUGGGGAGAACCGUAGGAACCCUCGUCACUUCAUCAUCAAUCGCGAUUCAGCGCACAUCGACGAGAAAGGACUGGUGGCCUCCACAGAGUUUGAAAGGCCCGGUGCGUUCAGUCCUGAGAGUCAUGAUCCACGCGGAAUUACGCACAAUGGUGAGGCUGAUUCCCCGGUGAGACAAAGGAACCGUGUGGUGCUACCUGGGGAGGAUACUAUCGAUGCCGAAGCGGAAGCAGUCGACGAGAAGUCCCAGGAGCUGGUAUUCUACGACGAUGUUAAGAAUAAAGUUACCACAUUGUCUAGGAUCCCUACAUGCGCUAUCUUCUACAAGUUGGCCCCUGGUCCUGGUGUCCCUCAUUCUUUCUACGGCUACAUCAGGCAAAUGCCUGCUCUGCCUCGCGUUGUCAUUUUCCUGUCGUUCCAUGUCGUCCCAGUCCCCUAUGUUGCAGCCGAUGAUGCCUACGCCGUGACCAAAGUGCGUUCGAUUCAAGGCUUCUACGGCGUUACGUAUUGUCUCGGUUUCCGCGAUGACUUCAAUCCAUCCACGGACCAUAUCUUCCGUGCAGUACAUGGGAUCGAGUCUCGCGUCAAUCCCUCGCAGGCUCGUCAAAUUCUCGACGAAAUUAAGGAGGCAGCCGAUCAAACUGUUCACAUAAUCCCACAUUAUUAUGUUAUCAGCAAGCAACUUCGCUUUUCGCCCGAAUGGGCAGCCAAUGCAAUUUCAUGGAUCAGGCGACUUCUCAUCGAGUCAAUUUACCGUCGCCUGGCCACGAUGUUCCCUGAAACUGCCAAUUGGGGCCUCCAACAAGAAGAUACCCUUUAUGUGGGCGUAAACGCUCUUAUUUAG